ACUUCAAAAUGGUGGAAGCGGCACUGUUUGUCAAUUUUGUCGCAGAAAAUAUUUAGUUUAGUAGAAAACGUGAUUUAUAACAAAAAUGUCGUCGGCAGAGCCUUCUCAAAAUAAAACAUGGGAGCUGUCCCUCUACGAGCUCCAUCGAACGCCGCAAGAAGUGAUUACAGACGCUACCGAGAUAGCGGUAUCCCCGCGAAGCUUGCACAGCGAAUUGAUGUGUCCAAUAUGUUUAGAUAUGUUGAAAAAGACUAUGACUACGAAGGAAUGCCUUCACAGGUUCUGUUCGGACUGUAUUAUAACAGCCUUACGUUCGGGUAACAAAGAAUGUCCGACGUGUCGUAAGAAGUUGGUGUCAAAGCGGUCACUACGACCCGACCCCAAUUUUGACUUGCUUAUAUCGAAAAUAUACCCAAGCAGAGACGAGUAUGAAGCUCACCAGGAGCGUGUACUAGCUAAACUAAACAUGUCACAUUCACAAGCGUCAUUAGUGAACUCCAUAACAGAAGGAAUUAAACUUCAGUCGCAGAACCGGCCUCAAAGGUCGAGGAAGGCUCAUGAUGACGGUAGUAAUCCGUCGAAUUCAAGUGGAACUGCUGAUGCUGGUCAGCAGAGUGGUAGCUCAACUGCUCCCAAGGACAGUACAUCGUCUGCUGGUAAUCCGACGACCCCUGGCCAGUCUACGUCAAACCCCGCCUCUGUAAGGAGUACACCGUCGCCUGUGCCCUCUAAUAUCAGCUCAAUCUCGAAAAACACAAGCACUACAAAGAGGGCAAAGUCAAUUUUAACCUCGGAGCGCAGUGAGGAGAGUGAAUCUAGUGAUGGCAGAACUGAAGGUGAAAACUCAAUGGACACUGAGGGCGAGGGCGAGCCACUGAACCCUAAUGAGAUAGAGCUGGUGUUCAAGCCGCAUCCAACAGAAAUGACCGGAGACAACCAGCUUAUGCGAGCACUGAGAGACAGCUCCGUCAGGUACUUGAAGACCACUGCUAAUGCCUCAGUGGAUCAUCUAAGCAAGUACUUGGCGAUGCGCCUGACUCUGGACCUGGAUGCUGAGCUGCCAGAAGCAUACCGUCUCCUCAACUUCUGCAUCUAUGUAGCCCCCAGUCCAGGCCAGUUUGUUCCAUUGGCUGGUUCACAGACGCUAAGGCAGAUCAAUGAUAAGUUUUGGAAGGUAAACAAACCUUUGGAAAUGUACUACUCUUGGAAGAAAACUUAAAAAGUGUAAGGCUUAGUGGUCAGCAUGAGAAAUGAAAUUACUACACAAUCCAGUGAUAUAGUUUAUGAAGUUUUAAUGGUCCAUUAUUUUAAAUCUGAUAUUUUAGAUGAUAAUUAUAAUGAGACAUGGACUCUUGUGAUAAGGUUGUAUUGGUAUUUUAUCUUAAUGACAUUUAAUGUAAUGACGAAUGAAAUUGGAUUUUAAUAUUUUAUGUCAUAAGGAUACAAUGAAGUUAUAGAUUUUAUGUUUAUGUAUUAAUGUGAAUGUAAAUCUGUAUUAUACUACUGAUAUUGUUGCUGCAAAUUGCCUUCUGGCGACUUGUGUGCGCCCUGAUAGGGAUUAAUAGCUUGAGUCUACAUUCCUAUAUAUUAAUGUGGAAAAACUCACUCAUUUUAAAUGAAAUUGGUGAAAAUGCUUAUCCUAAAACAUAUGUAAAUUAUUUUAGAGAUGUACAAUUUACUGUGCAAUUAUUAUUUUAUUAAAAUGACAACAUUAUUUUAUGCAA